CGGACAAACUACUCAGUCAGAACGGCAGCAAGAUUGCGCAGGCCAUCGCUCAGUCAGAAGAUGAUGGGGCUGUUGUGGGACUUUCACGAGGCUGCUUGUCUCGAGCCCAGAGACCGCAUCGCCGCCCUAGUCGGACUGAUUGGAGAAGAGAGUCGGUUGCCGCUAGAUUGGGCAGCCCAUUGGACCGAUCUGUACAAACAAGCUGCUUCAUCUGCGAUGCGCAAUGGCGGCAACGAAGUCAAGCUUCAGUUGCUGCAACACCUGUUCGAAUUUGGCCCCCUCGUGGCCCCUCCGGGUGGCUCCUAUCCUUCGCGGGUCCCCGACUGGACAAAGACCCGGAGAAAGAACCUUCCAUACCACUCUCUGAGAAGGAGUGUUGACAUAUCGGGUCCAAGCUCCAACCUUCCCAGAUAUUCUGCUCUUUUAGCGAUGGGCUUCACACAAGAAACUCCCCAAAUCUACGGGGCUCUUGUAACGCUGGGCUUCACACACGAAACUCUCCAAAUCUACGGGGACGCAUUAACUUCAACGCCCCACGACUGUAAUGUCACAUUUGCAGCAAGCAUCUUGCAGCCGUCACAGGAUCAAGAUCAAUGUGCGGAGCGAGUGAUAGCAGUCUUACGCGAGCUGUUCACCGCCAUCCCUGACGCGGUGGCACAUCUCCCGACACUCUCGUCCCUCGUCAAGGCGGUGGCAAGAUUUCGCUACCGAGAUGUUGAGGAAAGAACCCUGACUCUUGGGACUGCACUCUUUGACGAUUUCCUGGAGAAUAUCGGCCAGAAGUUACCGGAGCGGCCGAGUCUCGAGACAGUAAACCCUUUGAAGGAUUUACCUCGCGUUAUGACGGACGGUUCUCUUCUUGUCCUGGGUCAGCUGCACUUAGGGUCGGGGUCUUGUCGGGGCUAUGGUCUUGGCCCAGAAGGGACGCAGCCUGGAGACAUGAUGGUGCCACUGUGGCAUCCUAACUGGGAUUGUAAUGCUCCGUUGUUUCGCCCAAAGGACUUCCCAAGAAAGAUCAACGCCAUGACCAUGCUCGUUGUGAGACCGACAGGAGAAAGUUGCUUCCAGCACGAAAGUGGCUCACUAGACGAAGCGCUACGACAGGGAGUUUUAAAGGCGACAGUCGUUGUCGCGGUGACCCAUGUCGUUAUCGCCCAGGCCAAUGUCGCUGAUGAGACGGUCGAGACCCAAACUGUGGCCCCGAUGGCCACGGCCACAGCCAGCACGUUCGCUGGGGCCCCCGGUCGUCCGGCUCCUUGUGCCACGCCCUUUUUGGACACUUCGCUUCGAGGGCACUUUGUCAAUCCUUCCAAUCAGGAGGCAGGCCCAGUUUUGCUACAGCCUCCAAACGAAUCUCUGUCUGCUCGCGCGAAAUCUCCAUACAUGAUACCCAUCGCCCUGUGA